AUGGCACGCGCAGAUCCGGCUACAAUAGUGCUGAUGAGUACCAUGCUUUUCCAGCUGUUGAUUGGGACGGGUAGGAGAGCCAAAGCAGCGAUGGACAACAACUUAGAGGGCUGUGUGUUCUUGUACGGUGCGGUAUUGGGCUCAGUCGCCAUCCGAGGGCCUCAGGAUGGCUCGUGGCUUGUCGCUGGUCUCUGCAUCUCGCUGUGCAUCAUUCGGUUAUUCCAUCUAUACUUUUAUCUGAGUGGUCUGUCGACGAAACGCUCUAUCACGUACACGUUCACAGGUCCCGUUGUCAUCGCCAUGAUGAUUGUCAACGUAGUAGAUGCCUCGACCUAAAAUCUACAAACCAGAUAUGAUAAGGAAAUAUACACAGCCAUUAUAUGCACAUACAUAUACACCACCGUAUACCAGCCUGUUUCCCCGUUGUAUCCCUACUACCCCACUUCCUAUCCCGGGAACACGCGGAGAUGUAAGUAAGGGAAAUUCAUACAGUGACACACUAGAACUGCAGACCCACUGCACACAUGCGGAACCAUACGUUCACUACGGUCGCGC